CACAAUGUUCGUCAUAUCUUCUUGCCUGUUGAUUCUUGGUGGUGUGAGACAUUCAUUUAUUGUGUGUGUGGAAUAUCCGUAGUGAAACUGUGGGAAAGAAAAUUUGCGAGUGUUAAAAACAUGUUUAACAAAUGUCAUUGUUAAAUUCGUUGAUUCAUAAUGAUUGUGAAUAUUGUUCAUUAACUUUAAGUGUGGAUUAACCUCAACAACCUGCGUUCCUGUCACACCGGGUUCCAGAAUUUGCUGUUGUAUCCACCACGUAACUUCGUUGACUGGUCUCCACGCCUGCUUCACUGGCAUUCCAACAAAAUGGGGAAGUCACUGCACUGGAGUAACAGUUUACAACAAUUUCCGAUGGUGGAGAAUCGUACUGGACCGCAGACUAUCGAGUUUCUCACCAAACGCGUGAUGGCACUUGGGGCAGUGCAAACUGGGCAGUUUCUUGUGGACUGCGACACCUUUAUGUCAGUUCCCGCCGUUGCAGGCACUCAGCGCACGCUGCACGUGUUGCAUAACUCGGAGCAGCCCGCCUCGGUGUUCUCCAUCCUGGAGUCAGGCAACAAGACCAUUCCCCUGGUGGCCGACGGCCUGUUUGAUCUGCUCAUGAACAAGAUGACAACCAUCUACACAUCCAAGAAGCAGACCAAGAUUGAGGCUAAGGGUCCGCGCUUCGAAAUCGGCGACUUCUGUGUCAAGCUGGGCAGCGUUACCAUGAGUCAGAACUUUAAGGGCGUCCUCGUGGAGGUGGAGUAUCGUCCGUGCAUGGUUCCAGCCAGCUGCUGGGAACUCAUGCGAGAGUUCCUUCAAGGGUUCCUCGGCUCCUCCGUCCAGAGCACUCCUCCACAGUAUCUGCAAAACCGCAUGAACGAGAUGUAUCAGCCCAUUGACACCAUCCAUCAGUAUCUGGAGCAGUUCGGCGCCUACAGGAAGGCCACCGGCGUGCGGUAGUCCGUCGUGCAUCACGUGACACCUUCCUCUGUCCCUCCUCCCAGUUACAUGAAUUGUUUGCAUUCCUCUGCCUCGUCCAUGAGACAGCCAGUAGUCGCCAGGAACUCGGUGUCCUCUCAGUAUUCUUCCAUUGUUAUCUAUGUCGUUCCACUUCCCGUCGCUCUACCUUGUUCACUUCUCCACGCUUUACCUUGUCUCCAACCGAUCUUCACCAGGAAGACAACCGAGCGCUUGCUGUAAGCAUGUUUCUGCCCCCCCCCCAAGUGCCGUGUCACUGCUCCGUCUCCCCUUUCUCUUCUCACACAUUUUCCUUCAGAGUCAUAGUUUCAGAUGAGAACUCGUGUGUUAUGUCACCAUGUCAGUAUUUAUGGUGUGGUUGAUGUGAGGACUUCCACAUUGUUUCGCAUCUUGAUGAUUCUUAUUGACAGUAUUCGUAGAAAUUACAGAAUUUCACA